CUAGCAACUUAAGCAAAGCUUUGAAAAAAUUGCCUAAAGGAGAAUCCAAAGUUCCCAAGGUCCUCUUUUUAGGUCUCUCUCCUCGCUACCAUCACAGCCGCCGCCGCCACUGCCGCCUCCAGCAGGGAAGCGGCGAGGAUCAGCCUGGUCUCCACUACUUUUCGCUUCUUUAUCUGCAGAAAGUAGAUAUCUUUUUUGCACUACCUUUUCUUUGAUUUAUCGUUCCCAAUCAGUCGAUAACGUAGGCAGCCAAAAGGCCAUGGAUGAGAGGAUCCCACCUCCUGGUUACUUCCACUAUUCCCCCUCUGGCGUCCACUCGUCCCCUUCGCCUCACCACUCCAUGAGGCCUUCCGCCGCCACCUCGGAUAGAGAAAGGUAUUUAGCUGAGCUACUUGCUGAGAGGCAGAAAUUAGGGCCAUUUCUGCAAAUAUUACCAUUUUGUUACAGGCUUCUAAACCAAGAAAUUUUGCGGGCUUCUGCUUUUAUAUCUAACCCAUCAUUUAUUGAUCAUGAGAGAAUCGAGCAUGCUUCUCCUCUAAGGUUGACUGGGCACCCUUUCAAUGGUGGACCCAUGGAUUUGGAGGCAAGGUCAGGAAUGCACACAGAGGAAAAUGAAUACUUACACAGAGUGGGGGUCCUCCCAGCAUCAAGUCCUGGCUGGGGUGGAACUCCUGGACUUGCUAAAAGUCUUGUAAAGAAAGUUGUGAGGCUAGAUGUUCCUGUUGACAAGUUUCCUCAUUUCAACUUUGUUGGUCGUUUACUGGGACCACGUGGGAACUCCUUAAAAAGAGUUGAAGCCUCAACUCAAUGCAGGGUUUAUAUACGAGGUCGCGGUUCAGUGAAGGAUUCUAUAAAGGAAGAAAGCUUAAGGGAUAAACCUGGCUAUGAACACCUAAACGAACCACUUCACAUACUAGUGGAGGCCGAAUUUACAGCAGAUAUAGUCGAUGCUCGCUUAAACCAAGCUGUCGCCACCCUGGAAGACCUCCUGAAGCCUGUGGACGAGUUUAUGGACUACUACAAGAAGCAACAACUUAGGGAGUUGGCCAUACUCAACGGCACGCUGAGAGAAGAGAGCCCACAAAUGAGCCCAAGCGCAUCCCCAUUCAACAGCACGGGCAUGAAACGCGCAAAAACAGGAUGGUGACUGUGUAGUUUUGGGUUCCAAUACCUUGGUCACAGAUUCUCAAUACAUAUGGCAAAUACGAGAUGACAUCUCUACAAGCAGGGCCCUCCCAUCAGUUCAAGUUGGCGAGAUAUCAUUUGUUACUCAGUAAAUUCACAUUAUAAUUCCUUAAACUUCUCCAGGCAAAUGACUAGUGAAUUUGUUUAAUUGCUUAUUCUUUAUGAACUUUUCCUCUGAAACUGAAGAAAAACUCUGGUCCGUGUGUCUCACACAUUGACCAUUGUGUUUAUUGUAUCGUUGCUGUUGUAAUCACUUAUGUACUGAAAAUCAAUGACAUGCUUAAAAUCUGAUCUGUAAA